AUGCAGCAACUACAUGGUAGUUACAAGUUCAAAGAGGCGGACUUGCACCGACUCACACGUGGUGAAAAUGGAUGGAUGACCGAUAUUCUAUGGAGCGACGAGACUGAGGGGUUUACGGUAUGCGGCGCCACUGCACGCUACGCUCACCUGCGCCCUGCCAACUGUGAUCUCUCCAAUGGUGAUCAAAGUACGAGCCGUCGACCCAUUGUUUUCCUCCACGGGAACCCAAGCUGGGGCUUUAUGUGGAGAAACAUCGUCGGACGUCUCGUGGACCAAGGCCACGAGAUCUACGUGGUGGAUUGGCUGGGACAUGGCAGGAGUGAUAAGAUCGCAGUCCCCGAGCUUAUCAACUUCGAGCUGCAUAUGCGAACCUUGGUAAAUUUCUUCAAAGCCACUGAUCUGAAAAAUGCGGUAGUAGUGGCACACGAUUGGGGCGGUUGCGUCGCUUUGUGUACUCUACCUUCAGUAGCGCACUCCUCGUGGUCAGGCCUCUUUCUGCUCAACACAUUUCUGCCUCCUUCCAUGAGCGAUAUGAGUUUGCACUGCGGUCUUCUCUAUGCGAUAUGGUUCCUGACCGGUGGCAUUUUGGGUAACUAUAUCCCCGAGCCGGCAGUCAUGUCUUACAUGUCCCCCAGUCUUUCAUUGAGCGAUGUUGAAGGCUACGGAGCGCCUUAUCGUGGAAUGCCGGUAUCAGCAAAGAGCAGCGUUUAUCGUUUCGGUCACAUCGUCCCGAGUACACCACGGAUCGUGUUGCAGGGUCUUCGCCACACGCGAGCUUGGAAAAUACUGGAGGGUUUAUGUGGUCCUGCCAAUUUCAACAAUCUAGAUGCCCAGUCACGCCUGAAUUUACUCGAUGGGAAGGCAAGGGAGUAUUGGGGGCAGGCAGGAACGGAGGGAACUAUCAAAAUGGCAGUCGCCUUCGGAGAUCAAGACCCACUCUUGAUUGAUUACAAAGACAUCCUCCUAGAGACGAUAGACUCCCGCGUCAUGGUGGAUUGGGCCGUGGAUGGAAUGUGGCUGCAUGGUGGAGGCCAUUACCCAGUGGAAGAGAAGGCCGAGCGCAUUGCAAGCCUGCUAUUGCGAUUUGUUCGGAUUUAG